GAGCAGAGAACGGAGAGGCUGUGAGGGAAGCCGCGGGUCUCGACGGCGAGGACGAGGAGCGGGAGGCGGAAUCGUCGAGCGAGCGGCAUGUGCACGAAAAGCUGCAGGCCGAAAAGAUCAGCGCGAGAAGGCUGCAGCGGAUUUGUGGCAAAUGCGCUUCGUGUGCCGCCGCAAGGGAGGAGCAGGAGGAGGACGAGGAGGACGGGGUUCGCACGGAUUUUGCAGUUCGAUGGAUGGUCGUGGAAUUGCGCAGCGGUGAGCGAGAUGCGAGCAUUUACGCAUCGAACGAGCGGGUGUCGUCUCGGAGCGCUGGCGACGACGACCUAUCCCCGAUUCCCCGGAGCAUCGGAUCGAAAAGGUCGGGGCGCACGGCGAUUUCCUGGAGCUCUUUGACAGCAGGGUCCUCGGGCUCAGCAAUCCGGCGAAAGCCUAGGGGAGUAUAGCAUGCUCACAUGCCGGUCAACUCUCGUUUGCCUUGCGGUGCACGCACCUUCAUUCGGGGAUCGAUCGUCGCUCGCCCGUGGCCCGUGCGUCUCACGCAAGGCCGCGAUGUGCGCUGAUGCUUUGGAGAUUUGCACUUAGGCUCGCACGGUUAGGGAGGCAGAGUCGAGAGGGAGAGGGAAAGGUAGAGUGAGGUGGAGGUGGAUGAUGAUUGUGAUGCUUCGUGGUCGAUGAAACGAGCGAAAUUUGUCGAGCGACGAGAGCGACCACGCGGCGGGAUCGCUUUGCUCAUUCGUGAGUUCGGCAGCUGAGAGUUGCGGGUGUGUAGAUCGGGCGGAGGUUCUUCGUCAGCCGGGGAAAGGUAAUCGGCGGAGGGAGCAGGGGACGACUUUGUUGUCGUUUAAGGCAGCGGUCGAGUGGCGAUUUUGGGAUUUUUGCAAGUAGGUUUCAUGCCCGUCUCUUCGCCAUGCGUUGCCCGAGGGGGUGGGCCUGGUCGGCUUCUGCCUCGUUCGAGCGCAGAAGGGAAGGCCGUCAAUGUGAUGGAGGACAUAGCCAAGGUUAGAAUCUCCUCUUCUUUCUCUUCUUGUUCUUCAUCGUCUCCGAAUUCCGACGACGAAACGCAGCAGCAGCAGCAGCAUCAGCAGCAUCAGCAGCAGGGCGAAUGGAGUUUGUGCAAUAUCGGGGAUGACUGCAUGUCCGCAGUUUUGUCCUUCCUAUCGCCCUCCGAUAUUGUUGCCUGUGCUGCGGUGUGCCGGCAUUUGAGAGCCUUUUGUAAAGAUGACCAUAAAGUCUGGCUUCCAAUGUGCGAGCGAAAGUGGGGCGCUCAAACGUCGGUACAGAAGUGGGGAAGAGGAAGGGUUCCCUUCAAGGUUUUGCAUGCGCUUUUGACAAAGUUGGAAAAUCUGGUGGGAUUCUGGAGAGGUGUGGGGCACGGUGGCCAUGGUUCUCUCGUCACGUUUGAGUGGGGACCGCAUUAUGUCGUGGGUUUCCGAGUGACACCAUCUCGACCUAGUUGCUACGAGGUCUGCAAAAUUCCAUUUGUUUGGGUUGGCGUAUCACAGACUGGGGCCCAAGUCUGUGUGUUCGAUCCGGACAGGACGAUCACACCGUUUUUUUGUGAGGGCAUGUGUUCCUCGAACGAGCAUUCGAGCCAAGGUUCUCCUGUAAAAUCUAGAAGGAGAAAUCCGUUCGAAGAAUUGGACCCGGACCGGGACCUUGAGCACCAGCCUCUUCCCGCGGGGCUUAUUGCUGUGGAUUUGCAUUUUGUGGGGAAGCUGCAUAUUGUUAUGGAAGAUUUACAGCAACCCCAGUUUUAUGGGAACAGGAGUCUCGCGGAAGCGGCAGUCGUCGCUUCUUUCGGCUCCCGUGGUGGUAGUGUAGCAGAAGCGACUAGUCUGAGCCCCUCGUCACCUGGAUCGUCCUCGGAGAUGGAUAGGUAUGGACAAAGUCCACCUGGGAGUUUUCAGUACGAGAUGUAUCAAUUCUUGGCGAGCAAAGUGACUAGCCAAGGCGGGGAUCGCAUAGCUAGGAAGCAAAGAAGACGAGAACGAGAACGUGCCAUUCUUCGCCGUGCCUGUGAGCCUGAGCAUUUUGUCAAAGUUAGGGAUGUGGGACCUACAGGAGCCCGGCCCCUUCAAGGUCUUUGGAAGGGAAUUUGCGACUCGAAGGGCCUCGAUUUUGUGCUUCUUUCGUAUGAUGAGAAGGGUGGAAUUGUGUGCAGGAGAGUAGGAGAAUGUUUGGGAACUACCCAUAGUGGCUCGGUGUGCUGGACAGCUGAGUCUGACUCGACUAUCAGGGUCCCUCUAUCGCCGCACGAGCAGCACUCUUUUGAUGAGAGGCAACAUUUCGCACCUACUGGUGUUAAUGGGAAGUAUCAUGUCCAGGAUGGAUGUGAUGAGGAAGUCGUUGGCAUGAUGUGUACCCUUCCUACAACAGGUUUGGACUUUAGAGCAUCUCGGUCAGAUGCCGAGAAUAUCGAGGGAAGGGUUUGGCAGUAUGCAAGUGGAAGGUUUGGGUUCGGAUUUUUGCCGACCAAUUUCAUCAUCGACUUUAGACCAAUCUGCUCACCUAGUGGAGUGCUGCUAGAUGUGCUGAAAUAAAAGUCGCUUGUAUAUCAAAUCUGCGAUGAUAUACAUUUGUGUUGAUUAGGCCCCGAAUGCCUGAAUGGGGAUGACUAGAGUUAAGAGAGUGAGGAGAAGUGCUCUCGAGAAUCGGGUCUUUUUCAACUUGGACAAUAACCGAGUGAGGCCUCCCGAUGUGCAGUCCAAUUGACUUUCUUGUGGAUGAUAGAGGUUGGAAAGCAUGAUCGAAGCUCCAUGUGAGUCGCAAAGAUAAGCCACGAGGUUUGUUUUCGCAGCUGUCAACAUCGCCUCCUUAUAUCCUGAGAACGGGAGAAGCCUUUCUGUUAGAUAGAUGCCUGUCUGAAGCUCACAGAUUGAUUAUCAAAAGAGUGUCUAGUGCAUCCUUCCUGGUGUCUACUGUUUUAAACUGUCAGAUUUUACACAGUUUGUCCUUCCCUUUCCUUCCUCGCCUCACCCACGCUGUAGUCAGGCUUUCUUCUCAUCCUCGAACUAGGAUUUUGUAUCACGACGAAAGAGAUGCCGUAAGAAGAUGGAUGGUGGGAGAGGUUCCAUGGAUUCCACCCUGGGUUUACUUGAUCGGAAAUCGUUACUCUCUGUCCUAAGGGCGCGUAAGGGUGACGCCAGCCCCUUGAGAUAAGGAAGACCUUGGGAGAGCUUGGUUCUUGUCGACUUAAGCUGUUGAUGGAUGGCGGAUGUUUGCUUGUCGGGUUCACGCUGCUCGGAUGUGCUUGACAGCGAGGCAAUCUUCAAUUAUGAAAGCGGCUCAAAGGGUUUUCGGUUGGGAGCUCCAGGAAGUCUGGGAGACAGAGAAUCUCUUGAAAUCAGAGCAAAAGGACCUACUUUUGAGAGUGACAAGUCAGUUCAAAUGAUCUAGUAAGUAUUUAGCAGUGAAAUUGUGAUUAAGAUAUGCUGCUUGGUCCUUCUUCAAUGUCUCGUUGGAAUAGUCACAAUGAUCUUACACGAAACUCUUGUAAGAUGUUAAAUCACUGCAGAUUUUGAAUUUGAGUAGUAAAUCAAUACCUUAGCUGGGUCCAUUGGGGUCGGAAGGAGGACCCGGGGCGAUUUGCAAAAUGUGCAUAUCCUUCUUCUUUUGAAUAAACUCUACAGUGCAUUCUUCGAGUGUGUA